AGUUGAAGUUACAGUAGUGGAAACAUGCAUGGGACUCUAAUGUGAAUGCCUUAGUGAAAAAACUUGAUAAUUUAUUAUACAAAAAAACUUAAAAACAUGUUCUCUUUGAUUAAUUUCUCUGAUAAAAGUGACAGUUGUGGAACAAUACUUUCUUACAUGUUAGAUUAGCUGUCAAUAUAGAAGUUAGCUAACUUCUAUGUUGACAUUUAGCUAAGCUUAGCACAUGGACUGGAAACCGGGGUAUAGUUGACCAGGGUCUGUUUAAGGGUACACUACCAGCACAUUUGAAAUGAUAAACUCUUUUUAUAAACAUCAAGUUUUAGUAAUACUGAUGUUUUGAUAUCUGUUGUUUGGAUUUUUAUUUUUUAAUUUUUUAACUUUGGAUAAAUGUCGUUGGUUGUUUCUGGUCUUUACGCUAAGCUAAGCUAUGCUGUCUGGCUGCUAACUAUAGAGGUUUCUCACAGGACAACAGAUUUCUCACCAUGUUGGACAUGAUACAACCACCAGUUGCUAAGAAAAAUACAUUCACCCUGUGAUUGCCGUGGUUGCAAGAAGAUCAUUGUAAACGUCUGUAGUUAGCAUGGAAGAUACCAACUUAAGUGGAAAUACUCUCUUACUACCCACUGAGUGGUAGUGAAACUUGGAAAAAGUGUAGCGCAAACCAGAAAUGGAGAUUGUCUCACAGUUUACAAUGUUAUUUUUAAAACUCAACUUCUGCUUUCACUUUAAAGUCAAAUAGUCUCUGUUUGUUGGACUUCUCACAGUUUAACUACUUUUUGGAGAGCAGUUGGUGAGUGAUUGCAGACAAGUUGCUGUUUUCAUGCUAACUAUGGGGAAUCAAAAUGAUCUCAAAGAGGUUUUUGCCAAGCAGUAGGGGAUUACUUGUUUUCCCUAGUAACUGGUGGGGGUCGGGUCACUGAAUGUUCUCUACACCUGUGAGAGUGGGGCCUUAUUUACUUGGCCUAUAUUGUCACAUGUCCAAAAUGGCAAAAGUUAACAUCACGUGGUUAGCGGUCACAUGACUCCAAAAAGUCAGUUUCAUAUGUACAUUAUAUCAGACGCUGAAUAAGUGUUUGUCUCAAAAUGUUGAGCAGUACCUUUAAAUGUAAUUGCACACUGCCAAAGGAAAAGAAUGAGAUUUAUUUGUUGGCUAAGCGAUGCAGGUACACUUAUUUUCUUUGAAGAUUUGCCUUUAAAUGAUCACUUUUGUCAUUCUUAGCUUCUGCUUUGGGUUUGUUUACUGUUCGGUGGUGGUUUGGGUUUUUGGUGGUACUUGAUAAUUACAGCAGAAAUCUAAUGAGAUAGCUGUGGGUUGAUACUGUAGUUGUGCCUCUUCGGGAGUUGAGGUGGUGAUGCCUCAGAGCUCAGGCUUUGCUGCAAACAUAUCUGACACCUGUUGGAUAGCUGCUACCAAAGGAGCACUCGUUUCUUUAGAUGUGCAAAAAGAAAAACAAAUCCUCUGCACUAACAUAAAAAAUGUCUUUUAUUUCACUUGCACUAAGAUGAACUCACCACUGACAUAGAGCUCCCUAUAUUCAGAGUUAAACUCAAUAAAGUAUGUGAAUAUUCAUUGCAAAAAAUGUAUAUUUUGCACAUUAAACCUUAUAUGUGUAAUUGUUUCUUUAUCCCAGUUUGAUACUCUGUCAUGGUUUUCUACGAUUUUUUUUUUUAAUUUUAUUUUUUUUACUGAUUGUUAAGUGGUGACUGUAGAAACAUGGAGAUAUCAUCUGUUGCCUAUAAAGCUUUAAAAGCAGUUUGUUUUUUUUUAAUAAGCAAAGGUUCAAAAGUGCAGUGUUUACUCUGGCAGGUCUGAUCCAAACUUUAACUGUUUACAACGCGUAUCGUUUAUCGAUGCAAGUAAUCAAUCUCUGCCUUUUGGCUCAGGAAUAAAAGUUGCUAGACAAGGAAAAUAACUUUUGUUUUUCUGACUAAUUAUUUCACGGCUGCUUUUUCACUGUGCUUGAGUUUGAUUCGUGAGAAGAAACAAACCAUUUCUAUCGCUGGUGAAAAUGUUGUUUUUGAUAUGCAGUUUCAACAUAACCUGCUGGUCUUCUCCACCUUAAAACAAAUAUUUGAUAAAAAACGUUCAUCACUGUUUAAAUAUUAUCAUAAUGAUAUACAUGGGAGUCACACCUUAAUAAAAUCCGUGACUACCGACUUUUCACACACAGUUUUUCUGUUGGCUGGGAUACAUCAUAACUGAGGAUGUCCUCUCUACAUGUGUUUGUCUGUCUGCUGGGGCUCGUUGUGCUCUGUCACUCUCAAUGCUUCUUCGAGGAGUUAGAGGUCAAAGAUCCAAAUAACCCUCCAAAAGGGUGUGUGGAUAAGGAUGGAGAGCUGCAUGAUUUUGACUCUGCAUGGGUGAGAGACUGCAUGGACUGCUCUUGUACAAGCGAGGGUUUGAGCUGCUGUAGCAAGAUCCCCGAUGCAAACACUGUAGAUGUUCCUGAGGAGUGUGAGCUGGUUGUGAAUGAGAAGGCCUGCUCUGUUAAGGUGGUGAUGAAGUCUGACAAUGAAAAAGAGUGCAGCCCUAUCUGAAUACACUCUAAAGGCGACUAAAAUCCAGACUGGGUCUAGAUUAUGACAUUAAAUUACCAAUGAACAAAGAUGACCACUUUAUCAAACUUGCUCUUCAUCAAUAAAUUCGGUUCAACUCUGCUUCCUGAGUCUUCAGUGUCUUCUUGUCAGCACUUGCAGCUGGUUUCAUUUUCAGGAUGCAAUUGAAUAAAUUCACCACUGUGUGACAGCAGAGCACGGUCCUCAGAGGGUCUUUGGCACCUGAAGGGGCUCUAAGCACAAUUAUAGCUGUGCUCCUCUCGCUGCUGCCUCUGACACAAUUGCUUUGGUUGUUAUAGUGCACAGCUUCUUCUCCAACUCUAAUCCCUGAGGAUUCACACCUGUUCAGAGCAUCAUUUUCUCUCAUCCUGGCUUCACUGAAACUCAUUUUUCAGCUAAACCAUCACAUGCAUGUUUUCAGAGGGCUGGGAUGGACAGUUUGAUCCAUGGUGCUGGUGACACUUCAGUCUUGGUGAGAUGUCCUUGAGUGGCAACACAACCCAGUCUUCUUUGUCAGCGUCACCUUUUCCUUUGAUCUUCAACAGCUCCACCCCUCCACAAUCCUCAGCUUGGGAGAAAGAGCGAGCCAGCCAUGGGUCUGUACAGGACUGGCCAGGGAAUGAGACCCAGCUCCUCUCAGACUUCGCCAUUCUGGAGCAUGAUGAGCAGUGCCACAUGUCUCCUGUUCUGACAGCAUGCCUUGUAGCCUGGUACAGUGUUACAAUGGUGCUAGGGUUGGUGGGCAACAUUGGCCUCAUUUGCAUCAUUGCCCGCCGCAGAGAAAAGGUCAAUGUCACCAGCAUUUUCAUCUGCAACCUGUCAUUCUCUGACAUUCUGGUAUGUGUCUUCUGCCUCCCCUUCACUGUCAUAUACACAAUCAUGGACCACUGGGUGUUUGGCUCGCUGUUAUGUCGCCUGGUGCCGUUCAUCCAGUGUGUCUCUGUGAGUGUGUCAGUGCUGUCUCUAGUGUUUAUCGCCUUAGAAAGGCACCAGCUUAUCAUUAACCCCUCUGGAUGGAAACCAAGUGUUCCUCAGGCCUACAUGGCGAUUGUUCUCAUUUGGAUACUGGCCUGCUUCACAUCUUUGCCUUUCUUGGCCUUUCAGCUGCUCACAAAUGAGCCCUAUACCAAUGUAAUCCUGCCCGUGUCAUCGGUACAUGACCAAGAUUUUCCUCAUGCUUAUCUCAACACAUCUCCUACUCAUACAUACAAAAACCUGUCUGCGCUUAAAAAUUCAUACCGUUCCCUCUUUUCUUACGUCCCCACCUCUUCACAUAUGGAAGCCUGUGUGGAGCACUGGCCAUCCCAGGGUCACAGGGUCGCUUACACCACGUGGCUUCUGCUGUUCCAGUACUGUGGGCCACUGUUUUUGGUCCUGCUCUGUUAUGUUAGAGUUAUUGUGCGGCUCCGUCACCGCAAAGAAAUGUUGGACCGCGCCCGGACCCCCGAGUGCCAGCGCAUGACCCACAGCCGCCGGAUCAACAUCAUGCUGGUUGCUCUCAUAACAGUCUUUGCCCUUUGCUGGCUUCCGCUCACCAUCUUCAACGUGGUGUCAGACUGGAACCAGGAGGCUCUGCCCGUCUGUCACCACAACCUGCUGUUCUCCCUCUGCCACCUGCUGGCCAUGUCCUCCACCUGCAUUAACCCCGUCAUCUACGGAUUCCUGAACUCCAACUUUAGGCAAGAGGUGAGCGAGGUGCUCCUACACUGCCGCUGUUUCCCACUAGAGGAAGAGUGUGAGCAAUAUCCCAUGUCCACUGUGCACAUUGAAGUGUCCCAUACCUCUGUGCCUCUAACCUGCAGGAGCAACUCCGUGUGACACUGAUGCUUCAGCCUAAAGGAUCCUUCUUACGUAAACUGUACAGUUGUAAGACAAACUGUUGCUGUUUGUUCUUACCUUAAUGUCAAUAGAUCCAUUUAAAAAGCAGCUUAAAGCUAUUUAUUGUAAAUUUAUAUGUUUAAAAAAAAAGUUCACCACAAGUUUAUGUAAAAAAAAUCUUUGUUUUGUGUUAAAUAAAUAUUAACUGAACUUAAACUAGGACGAAACUGUACUUUUGUAUGAUACCAGUAUGUAACAUAACAUGGUGCAAUCAGUCAGCCCAGCAAGUCAUUGAAGCCUUGUUUCCACAACUUUGGCUCAACUCAACUUUGCUAUACUCAGUUUCUCAUUUCCACCUCAAUGUGCAUGGGGUCGUUAUAACAACGUCAUUUUUAUCUGACAAAGACAACAACGAUGGAGGACAUCGAGGGAGUGGUAUAAGUCUAUAAGUCUAUGGGUUUUUCUCAGACUUGGAAACCACGGUGUUGGUUUUUGUUGCUGGGUUUCACCUUUCCAUUUGCACCUAAUGACAAACCCUAAAAACAAGGUCGAGUCCAGUCAAACAGGUACUUGUAGAAAACAGGCAUUAGUCAUUGACGCAUUACUAUGAAACAGAUUCCCAAAGUGUGGGCUGGGGCCACAAUAGGCUGCGAGUGUACUACAGGUACAGAAAUUCCGUAAAAUGGAUUUAUUUAUUUAAAAAGUGAAUAAAAAUGAUAAGAUGCGGCUAGUUUGUUAUAUUACUUAUUAAUCCAACCUAUAUUUGCUUCUCUUGUAUUGAAGUUUAUAUCCCAGUAGCAGGUGGGUCCCAUAUUGUCCAUAGUAUUUUACGUAUGACUUGGUAACUUUAGCAAUUUCUAGCCAAAAGCCUGUUUAUGUUUUUUGAAUAACAUUUUCAAGGAAAUACAUCUCUUUUUAUUGUAUUUUAAUUGAAGUGAAAUUUUAAAAUGGGUGUGCCCCAUGGGAUCUUCUAGUUUUUAAUUGGGCUGAAGCACUCUUGACUUUGGGAAUCGCUGCUAUAAACAAUGGUGGUGCGGAAAAAGCAAAACUUUUUGAGGAAUUUAAAGUAAAGGUUAAAAGAAAUAUCACGUCAAAAGAAAUGCACAACACCUAAGAAAAAAUCUCAACACACCCACUGGUAAAAUGCUGCCUGCAGUGGUGAAAAUUGUAGUCAACAUUUGCAUAACAAAAAAUACCUUUAAAGUGCAAUGUUUUGUCAGUGGUUUAAAGUGAAGUGUUCGUAUAAAGACACUGAAAAAGGAGGUGCAUUUAAUCUUAACUGUUGCUUUUUCAGAAUUUCAUGCUUCAUGCCAUAUACUAUCUUACUGUAUCCUGUUAUUAUGACAUAAAUCCAGCGGGUGUUAGCUAAACUGUGACUUAUAGAAUUACUGCCAGUUAAACAUUUUAACACUUUAAAUUUAUGCUGGAAUCAUAGAACAAAUCCAUAUUGCAGUAUUAUCAACACCUACAGUGGUGACCAGAGAUAAAGGGAAAACAGAAUGAAAGAGUGGAGGACCAUAGUAAAUGCCGAUAUAUUUAGAAGGCAUGAGUGGUCAUUUGACAGGUAUUGCAAUGUUUUAGAAGGACCAAUGUGGUUGGGGUUGUUCAGUUCAGGUGUCUCAAUGAGCCAUCAGACACCAAGAAUAGUCAUUAUGCGUUUUAUUUUUUGCACCUGUUUUCUGUGACAUGUCAAAACCUUUGCUGAAUCAUAUUAGUUGUUUAUUAAGUAUAAAACAUGUGUGACCAUACUGUGGCCUUCAGACUCACCGGACCUCAAACCAACAAAAUGCCUAAAGUAAACUUUGAAGUGAUGUGUUACACGGUGGGACGGAAUGCCUCUCAUAAGGAUUCUACUCAUCCUUCCAUACACUUUCAGAGACUGUGAACUGUUCAGAGACUGUUUGUAACAGAGAUUGUUUCAGAGACUGUGCUACCAGUUGUGGUGGUAGCACAGGCCCUAAAUAUAAAUGUUCAUUUCAUUUAUCGUGGAACUGCACGGUGUGCCAUUUUGAGACAUAUUAGACACUUAUGUAACAAACUGUUUUAUGAGUGACCCCCUGCCGUUGUAUUUCACGUAUUUCAGUACAAUUCAGUCUUUUAUAUUCAUAGUAUCAACCCUGUGAAAUUUCUGUCUUAGCUUUCAUGGUGAAGAAAACACAAGGAGGGUUUUGUUCUGUGAUUGAAGUGACAAAUAAAACUGAAACUUACUAACUUAUAUACAUUGUUAAAUUGCAGGCCUUAAUUUAUUUUUGAUGGGUUCAGUAAAUAUUGAAAUGCUUGGACAUCAAAUGUGCAUGGGCAUGAUUUAAACUACAUCAAAAUGUGUUAAAUAACUUGUUUCGUUGAGGCAGUAUGUUUAUGUUGUUGCAGUAAGUGCCAAGUUUUGCCUGCAUGUGGAUUACUUAAACGUGUCUUAUCUAGAGACUUACUUAUGUGUGAAUUUAAUAAAUUUAUAUUCCUUGAAAGCGUCACAACUAAUAUCUCAAAUAAAUGUCUGUUUUAACUUCGACUACAUUGCCAAAAGUAUUAACUCGCCCCUUGUGAUGAUUGAUUUCA